AUGAGGAGGAAAACAAACGGGGCCGAGAUAGCGGGGAGCGGAGGAGGCUUCCGCCUGUUACUCAACUCCACUCCCCCCACUCCCACCCGCCCGCCCACUUCCAGAGCUCUUCUUGCCUUCUUCUUGGUCGCCUUGGGGGGCUUGGGGGGGCUGGGGGGCGGGCGCGGAGGUGGUUUAGGCGGAGGGCUCUUGGGCGGGCGUGGGGGAGGUUUGGGCGGAGGGCUCGGGGGCGGGGAUGGGGGCGGGCGUGGGGGAGGUCUGGGGGGCGGGCGCGGGGGCGGGGAUGGAGGCGGGUUUGGUGGAGGUCUAGGGGGAGGGCGCGGGGGCGGGGACGGGGGCGGGUUUGGGGGAGGGCGAGGGGGCGGUCUUGGCGGAGGGCUAGGAGGGGGACUCGGUGGGGGCGGGGGACUAGGGGGCGGGGAAGGCGGAGGCGGCGGAGAGGGCGGCGGGGAAGGGGGAGAUGGCGGUGGAGGCGACGGCGGCUUUGGGGGACUUGGGGGAGGCCUCGGGGGGGAGGGCGGCUUGGGCGGGGAAGGAGGCUUAGGCGGAGACGGCGGCGGCGGGGGAUUGGGCGGAGGGGAAGGCGGCGAGGGCGGCGGAGGCGGCGGAGGGGAGGGGGAAGCUACAAACUUCUGCACGCAUACGGCUGUAGCGAAGAAAUCAUUACCCGACUCGGCCGUACCGAGAUUGAUAAACCCAGCUGUAUCGGUCUGA